AUACUAGAAUAAGGAGAAGACUCGUUGUGUUACAAUAUGACAUUUUAAGAAAAAUACUAAAAUAAAGAGAAGACUCAUUAGAACCUCUGAAGUGUGGUUAUCGUACGUAAAACUAGUACAAUAAACACGAAUUCCCCGUUAAAUUCCUAAACGUAGAAUAUAAAUCACAUUAGGAACCGUAGCCGGUGGUCAGAGCCCAAAAUUCUUCCAAUCAAAUUGUCUUGUAGACUUGUAGUUUUAUUAAAUAAAUAAAGAAAAGAAGUUCAAAUUGGAGUUUGAUUUCAACGAGAAUCACAGCCACAAACCCCGCCACAUAUAUAAGCCCCCAGUUCAACCUCCGAGCAACUUUCCACAUUCAUUUGUACCGAAUCUCAGCACCCUUAACCGGAAAACCAAAACCAUGUCGGACCCAAAACCCAGACAAGUCUGCUGCAUCGGCGACGUCCACGGCUUCCACACGAAGCUCCAAAACCUCUGGUCCAAUCUCGAAUCCUCCAUCCCCUCUUCAGACUUCGCCACCGCCCUCGUCAUCUUCCUCGGCGACUACUGCGACCGCGGCCCAGACACCAACAAAGUCCUCGACUUCCUCAUUUCCCUGCCCUCCAGAUACCCGCAUCAGAAACACGUCUUCAUCGCCGGAAACCACGACUUCGCCUUCGCCGGCUUCUUGAGAGUCCUGCCUCCGCCGGCGGACGGGUCCGAGUUCCGGGAGGGGUGGAAGGAGUUCGAGGACAAUGAGGAGAGAGAAGGGUGGUUCAAGGCCGAGGGGUACGAGGGAAUGCACUUGCAAGGGAGGAGAUGGGCUGGGAGUAUGAAGGGGUUUAAUAAGGCUAAGGGGACCGAGUACCAGGGUUCCAUUUAUGACGCUGGGCCCACUUUUGAGUCUUAUGGGGUGCCUCAUGGCUCUGCCGAUCUGAUGAAGGCAGUUCCUGAUGAUCAUAAGAAGUUUCUUGCCGAUCUGGUUUGGGUGCAUGAAGAGGAUGAUGUCUGUGUAGAGAUUGAGGGUGAAACCAAACGCUGUAAAUUGAUUGCCGUGCACGCCGGUUUGGAGAAAGAUAAAGAUGUCAAACAACAGUUGGAGUUUCUGAAAGCCCGAGAUACUCGGGUACCUAAGAUAGAGGCUCUGAGUGGCAGGAAAGACGUGUGGAAUAUACCAGAGGAACUGAAAAAGACUCCAACUGUUAUUGUAAGUGGACAUCAUGGGAAGCUUCAUAUUGAAGGCUUAAGGCUGAUUAUUGAUGAAAGCGGUGGUAUGGCAAAGAACCCGGUGGCUGCAAUUUUACUCCCCUCUAUGAGGAUAGUCCGUGAUACAGACAUUUUGGCAAACUAGUUUCAAGUCUGGGGUACACUCACUCAUAAUAAAGUAUCUAUUUGCUACCAUAAUUUGGCAAAGCAUAUAGAUUAUAAUCCCCGCAUGGAAUAUGUUCCUCAUGGGCUAGUAGAGUUGAAAAGCUGUUCUGCUACAGAGUGUCGAUGUAGUUUUGUUUUGUUGUUGCUGAAGGAACAAGAAUUCUUUUCUAGAAAAACAGGAUCUGAGCAUUGGGAAUAUUUCAACCCUCCUAACCUUCCUUCCCAGUUUCUACGCUUCCCUUUCCAUUUUCAUUUAUAUUUGCCUGAGCUUGAGUACCAAAUCAGAGAAACUGUCACUCUUAUCUUCAGUGUUUGCAUCAGACAAUUGGCAUUUUAAGCUACUAGAUUUACUCUCA